CUUUUCCGCUUUUUCAUUCGGUGCUGGAGAGAGUCGGCGGGGUGAACACGGGGCGAGAGCCUGGGGUAGAAUGGUGGGCCUCCAAAGGGGGACGGCGACACGGAUUCACACACUGAGGGCUUGAACAUCGACGCGGUUCGUCUUUGGGCGGCCUGUAUGACGUCUGCUGUGGCUGGGAAUCGUUAGACCUUCGCCAACGGGCUUUUGAGCUUUUCCCCCAACCGCUGGCUGACUGACUGCGUUGUAAGAGGGGAGAGAAGGACAAGGAAGAAGCCGAGAGGAAGUGUGGAGGACCGCAGGCUUUCUGAGGCCUCCCCUAAGCUGCUGACAGCACGACAAACUGGGCACAGACACAGCUCAAGUAACGUCUUAAAUACUGGCUUUUAACGUCUUUAAUAACCUUGAAGCCUGAGGAUCAUUGUGCAUGACAGCUAUUGCAGGUAGUGGAUUAGGUUGAACUCUUCUACCUUUCUUCAUUUGGACAGUACUGUGCUCAAGACUCUUAACUCUGAAUACUUCUUAGGUGUCUAAAGAGAACGUUCACAAGCUGCUACUGGCUGUAAUCAUUACUACUCAAGUGACGGGUUUACGUCCAUUUUGUACAUCCUGCCCCUUACUUUCUGAGUCUGUCAUUCCUAAGGGAAAGUUUAUGAUUUGUGCUUGGAUGAGUGGAAGUGAACACUGCUCCCAUUGGAGUUGGUUCAUAGUCCAUAUUGAUUGACUGACCAACUCGAGAAAGCACACUCAGCAAGAACUGUCUGAAACUUUCAGGGGCCAUUGUGUGUUCAGUAUUAUUUCCUAGUAAGAGUGAAGGAGAUAUUUAUGAACUAUUUACAAGAUGGGGAAGAUGCUGUCAAAAAUAUUUGGCAACAAGGAGAUGAGAAUAUUGAUGCUAGGGCUCGAUGCAGCAGGAAAGACCACCAUUCUGUAUAAACUGAAACUGGGACAGUCUGUAACUACUAUACCUACAGUGGGCUUCAACGUGGAGACAGUCACCUAUAAAAACGUCAAGUUCAAUGUGUGGGAUGUUGGCGGACAGGACAAGAUUCGUCCCCUCUGGCGGCACUACUACACGGGCACACAAGGGUUAAUUUUCGUCGUGGAUUGUGCGGAUAGAGAUCGUAUUGACGAGGCCAGGCAAGAACUGCACCGGAUCAUCAAUGACCGGGAGAUGCGUGACGCCAUCAUUCUGAUUUUUGCAAAUAAGCAAGAUCUACCUGAUGCCAUGAAACCACACGAAAUUCAAGAGAAGCUGGGACUAACGCGCAUCAGAGAUAGGAAUUGGUAUGUGCAGCCUUCAUGUGCUACCACAGGUGAUGGACUGUAUGAGGGCUUAACAUGGCUAACCUCAAAUUACAAAUCUUAAUGACCGACUGAUUGGCAAUGACUGUUUUAGUUAGAAAGAAAAAUAAACCUGGUGAGAAAAAAAUAACAUUAUCUCUCUGAUGAACAUGCUCAAAACUUUGAAUUAUAUUUUCAUUUAUUUUUGAUUGUUGAAAUGACCCUUAUGACUAAUAAUUUAUCUCUUUGAACAAGAAUGGGUUUUGCUCGCAUUUAGUUCUGUUUUGUGACACCCGUCACCUUACUUAAUUGACUGUUGCUUGGUAGAGCAUUCCUGAAUUUAAUCUAAAUGCAGAUUCUCUAUUUUUUUCUGAAUAAUAUAGGUUUUUGUAUCUGAUUUCUUUCUUUUUAUUUGGUUAAAGUUUAUUCUUCCUGA